AUUGAAUGUGUAGCUUCAGCAGCUAUGAUAUCCCCAGGAAGACUUCCUGGUGAAAAUCCUUCAGAACUGAUAGUUGAAAAAGCUUUGGGAGGUCUGGACAACCCUGAGAAGCAAAAGGGAAGUGCUGCAAGGAACAAAAUGAGUCAGCUUCCUUCCCAGGAAAGACAUUUCAGUCUAGCAACCUUCAACCUGAAAACCCCCACAGAACAGAGUGUCCUUGAAUGUAAUGAAAGUGAAGGAAGUCUCAGUCUGAACUCAAAUGAUAUUCCACGACAGAGAAUGCUUACUGGGGAAAAGCUGUAUGAGUGCUUUGACUGUGGAAAAGCCUUUUGCCAGAGCUCAAAGCUGAUUAGACAUCAGAGAAUUCAUACUGGAGAGAGACCAUAUGCAUGUAAAGAAUGUGGCAAAGCCUUCAGUUUGAGCUCAGACCUUGUUAGACAUCAGAGAAUUCAUAGUGGUGAAAAACCCUAUGAAUGUUGUGAAUGUGGAAGAGCUUUCAGGGGCAGCUCAGAGCUCAUUAGGCAUCGGAGAAUUCACACUGGAGAGAAACCUUACGAAUGCGGUGAAUGUGGGAAAGCCUUCAGCCGCAGCUCAGCCCUUAUUCAACAUAAGAAAAUUCACACUGGAGAUAAAGGCUAUGAAUGUAUUGAAUGUGGAAAGGCUUUUGGUAGGAGCUCUAUCCUUAUUGAACAUCAAAGAAUUCACACUGGAGAGAAACCUUAUGAAUGUAAUGAAUGUGGAAAAUCCUUCAAUCAGAGCUCAGCUCUCACCCAGCACCAGAGAAUCCACACUGGGGAGAAGCCUUAUGAAUGUAGUGAAUGCAGGAAAACAUUUAGGCAUAGGUCAGGCCUCAUGCAGCAUCAGAGAACACACACCAGAGUUUAACUCUGUGGGCAAGAGUUGUACAAUUGUGAAAUGCAGGGAAUUCACUUUGGGGGUGAGACUCUGCAGAAGAUAGAAGUUUUCUGAGAUCAGGGUUUCUAUCCUUAUAGCCCAGUUCAAUACUGUAAGAGGAGAUCCACGCAAAGAUGUUUGAUGAUUGUUGAAGUAUUGCAUGGAAGAAAAUUUUUACCCAGGUGCUCUCCCAGAAGAAUGGUUGUCAUUUCCUAGACAUGCCUAACCCAUUUCUGGAUGAGGACUCUCAUCGAUAUCCUGUUCACCCCACUGCCAAACCAGGUAUAACUGCCCUGGGUACCUUCACAGUAAGUCCAGAAUUGGGGUAGAGAUCCUUAAAGAGCCCCUUAUAAGAUGGCAAGGAUCCCUGCACAGCAAGAGCAUUUGUGUAUUUGGCAGGUGGUGGCACUUGCUGAGAGUUAUUCAGCUGUCCAAAAUGUUGAACUGUGAGGUUGUGAAAUGUUGAAUUGUGCCCUGGAUCAGUAUGAUAGUAUCUGAGGCAGUUUCAUAGUAUCUGAGGAAUGGUGGCUCAUUUUACCCCCUUGCCAGUUCUUUCCUCAGCCCUGAACUUCCUGCUGAGGUCAAUUCAGGUCUACUUAUUUAUUGAGCACCUGCUAUGUGCUAGCUGUUGGGGCAGAUGGUAAUUGACUUCCCAGAGCCAAGGGCUAAUGGGAUAUAUGUAUUUACUAAACAGGUAAUUACAGUAAAGUAUGAUAAGUACUUUGGUAGGAUAAAUCCAGGGUUCACGAAGUACAAGGCAAGGGUACCUAACCUGAUCUAUGAGUCACUGAAGACUUUCUGGAUGUAAUGCCACCUCAGCUGAGACUUAAAAGGCAAAAGUUAGCCAGGUCAAGGUCAGGGGAGAAGAGGAACAUUACAGGCAGAGGUUAUAACACUUGCAAUGGCAUGAAGAGAGGAUCUGGAGACAUCCCUUAAUCAAGGCUCUUCUCUCCAGCAAGAAUUAGUUGUCACAGACUCUGGCUCAGAAUCUAGAACAUGUGUUGGUUUCUCUCUUGCUACUUACAAUCACUGACUUGGGUGGCCUAUCUCAGACCGAGCAUUACCUACAAGACCUUGAAGUACUCAGAAUUAGUGUGGUGGAACACUCUGGUGUGUUAUGGAAACAUACACGUAUGUACACCAAGGAAAGAAUACAUAUUGGAGGCUAGGAAAUGGGAAGCUUACAGGAACACAGUGAUGGGAGGUCUGCCUUCUCAGGCUUCAUUAUUCCACACUCCCUGCCCCAUCCUCUCAUCACCAGGCUCGCAGAACUGAAACUACUUGAGGGCAGUACAUAUUUGUUGAAUUAUUUGUUUGUUGGUACCCUCAGAUUCAUCAGAACUAUACUUUGCUACUUUUUAAUUGGAAAUUUUAACUAACCCACAAUUGCUGAGGGCAAUUAAUACCUAAGAACAUGUCAUUUCUAAAGAAGACUUGGUGAUCACAGCUGUUGUGAGUACUAGGGGAAGUGAAAUUGGGAGGACUGUCUUUGCAUCCAAAGGUUGGGCAGUUAUCAUUGAGCAAGGUCAAUCAGAAGUCUAAAGGAAUCUUUCAAAUGGAUAGUGAGUUGCCUUUUCUUAUAGGUGACAAUCAGAUUAAAUGUCUUAAAUAUCAUUUAAUAUUUUUUCCUGAUUGUGAAUUAAUUGUAAAUAUUGAUAAUACAGAAAAUGAGAAAGUAUAUAUCACCCACAAUCCCAUUACCUAUGGAAACAUUGUUAACAUUUUGGAGUACUUUUUAUUAGUGUUUUUUUUUUCCCGACCCUAACAUUUUUGGUAAAAAUCUUGUUUAGUAAAUAACUUUUGGUAACUAAUUUUGAGUAUAUAUUCAACUGUUUAGUAUUCAAAUGUAAUGCAAGAUGUAUUAUAAUAAAAUUUGAGUUUUAAUGUUU